CUAAUAUUCAGGAAUAGAACAAAUCAGUGUUUCCGGAAAGAUAGUGGAUCUAGGCGGAACGAAAUGUUUAAUGUCUGGCUGUUGAGCCUGAUUACCGCAGCCCUGCGUAGCGUGAUAGUCGCUGGUAUGUUGAAACCAGUUUGGCAUCAUUCUACCAAUAAUGGGCCUGAACAAACAUAUCCUGGGACAUACUUGGUGAUUGCACCUAAAGUGGUUAGGCCAAGUCUGCCAUAUGCUGUUUCGGUAAAUGUACUCAAAAGUUCGGAAACCGAUCAUAUCGUAAGGGUUGAAAUACGAACUGCUCAAAAUGAUACAGUGGGAGCUCGUGUUGUGAAUAAUGUUAAAACAGGAAUACCACAAACAAUAACAAUUGAUGGAUUGUCACCUGAAACUCUUCUACCUGGCUCGUAUUACAAAGUGUAUGUGAGAGGCGAGACAUUGGGUUCAAAGGUUUUGUUCGAAAAUGAGGAAGAUGUUCGUUUUGACGAAAAGUCUCUUUCAGUGUUCAUACAAACCGAUAAAGAAAUCUACAAGCCUGGAUCUACUGUGCGAUAUCGUGUAGUAGUGGUGACACCUGAUUUAAAGCCUUAUUCGGAAACUCUUUCUGUGAUGAUCAAAGAUCCGAAUUAUAAUAUUAUUAGCCAGAAAAGUGAUCAACCACUGAUAAAAGGUGUAUACUCAAAUGAACUGGAACUAUCGGUGGAACCACCACUUGGUGAUUGGCAAAUAACGGUAAAAACAAAAAGUGGUAUCAAAUUUGAAAAAGAAUUCACAGUCGACAAAUACGUAUUACCAAAAUUCGAAGUAAACGUGAAAACGCCAAGUUUUAUAACCAUCAACGAUGAUCUAAGCGUUCAUAUUGAAGCCAAGUAUACAUAUGGAAAAGGAGUAUCUGGUAAAGCAAAAGUAACUUUAGAAUUACCUUGGCAUCAUUUCACAGUUCCAUUAGUUGUCUCGGACGAUGGAACGGUUAAAAAGACGGAACAAGAGAACAUUAUUGAAAGAACAGUGAAUUUAAAUAAUAUGGGAGAAGCAACAAUUGUCUUCACAAAUGAGGAACUGAAGAAGCAUAAACUGGUGAAUGGAUACGGUGGUAGUUCAGUGAAGAUUACUGCAACGGUUACCGAAGAUUUAACAGAUAUUAAAAGGAAUGCUACCGCACAGAUUGUUGCAUAUCGACAUGAUGUCAAACUGGAUAUGGAAAAGCAGGGUGAAACAUUUAAACCUGGCCUCGGAUACAGUAUUGUCAUUACAUUAAAGCAAAUGGAUGAUACACCGAUUAAGGCUACCGUACCUAAACGUGUACAGGUAACAACAUUCUACAGCUAUCUCUAUGUAUCCGAUUCGAUAAAACAGCACGAAGACAAGGAAGUGAAAAUUGUGGAUUUAGAUGCUCACGGAACUGCUGUGAUUACUUUGCAACCACCUCAUAAUUGCACCGAUGCGCGAGUUGAAGCGCAUUAUGACCGUUCCGGAAAAGACGACUUCGAGGAUGCUAGCAUUUAUUCAAUUCUUUAUAUUGAAGCAGGCAAAAGCCCAUCAAACAAUUUCUUGCAAUUAAUUGCUGAUCAUGCUGGUGUUGUUGAUACGGGGAAAACAUUAUCUUUCACUGUGAAAGCUACCGAACCCUUAUCUACAAUCACUUAUCAGGUAAUAGCUCGUGGAUCGGUAAUUCUUGUCCAACAUAUGUCAGUUAACGGUGAUUUGGCAACGAUUACAUUCACAGCGACAUCGCAAAUGGCACCGAAAGCAAUGCUAGUCGUUUACACUGUCCGAGCAUCUAAUCAAGAAAUUCUGGUCGACGCUACCGAUUUCCGAGUCGAUGGCUUAUUCCAGAACAAUGUCUCACUUAUGGCUGAUCAUACUACUGCAGAACCGGGCACUUCAGUAAAAUACACCAUAAAAGCAGAUCCGCGGUCAUAUUGCGCUUUACUUGCAGUUGAUCAAAGCGUCUUACUUCUAAAAUCUGGCAAUGACAUCACGAAAGAUUUGGUAGAACAAGAUGUGGAGCAAUAUGAUACAACGGCUGUUGGACGUGGCUUCCGAUCAUGGGAAGCGGAUGCACGGCGUCGAAAACGAUCCAUAUGGUAUCCAUGGUGGGGAAUUGGUGGUAGAGAUGCGGCAACGAUUUUCGAUAACUCAGGUCUGGUUGUUCUAACUGAUGCGCUUCUCUUUCGUGGACCUGAUAUUGCAAGAUUUGCGCAACCAGUAGUAGCACAACCAUUGGGCAGUAAUUUCAAUGCUAAUAUAAUGUUAGAAAGCGAUGUGGACUCUGCCGUCUCUGUGAAAAAUUCUGUAACCACACGAGUAAGGAAGAAUUUCCCGGAAUCCUGGAUAUGGAGCGCUAUUUUGGCCGCAGAGGACACCGGAGAGGCUGUUUUCGAAGCGGUUGUACCGGAUACAAUAACAUCCUGGGUUGCAAGCGCUUUUGCUAUCAGUGAUGAGACUGGCCUUGGAGUUGCUCCAUCCACCUCAAAGCUCACAGUAUUCCGACCGUUUUUCAUACGUAUCAACCUUCCGUAUUCCGUAAAACGUGGAGAAAAGUUCGCUUUACAAGUGUUAAUCUUCAACUAUAUGGAUAAUGAGCAAGAUGUAACAGUAACAUUGAAAGAUGGCGAUGACAUUGGUUAUGAUUUUCUACAAAAAGAUGGUACAACUAAGAAACCUACCAGUAAGAAUAUGAAGAGUAAGAAGUACAAUGUAAGAUUUAUAUCGGUGCCAAGCGGUGGUGUACCCAAAGCAGUCUACUUCCCCAUUGCACCAACCAAAAUUGGUGAUGUUAUACUUUCCGUGACAGCACAAUCUGCUAUAGCAGGUGAUGCAGUAGAGCAAGUACUACGAGUCGAGCCGGAAGGAUAUCGAGUAGACAGAAAUACUCUUGUAAUGGUCGAUUUGACACAAACGAAUGGUAGUACCGAAAUCAAAAAGCAAAUAGAAAUGCAUUUUCCAACGGAUGCCGUGGAAGGAUCAAAGAAGGCACGAUUUGAAGUCAUAGGUGAUUUAUUGGGUUCAGCUCUUGCUAAUAUAGAUUCUCUCAUACGUAUGCCAUACGGUUGUGGUGAACAGAAUAUGCUCAAUUUUGUGCCAAAUAUUGCUGUACUUCGGUAUCUAAAAAUCACAAAACGAGCCGAAACCCAAAUUGAAAAUAAAGCAAAGAAGUACAUGGAAUCUGGAUAUCAACGGGAACUUACUUAUCGGAGGGAUGACCAUUCGUUCUCAGCGUUUGGUCAAAGCGAUAAACAUGGAUCAACAUGGCUUACAGCAUUUGUUGUUCGAUCUUUCAAACAAGCUCAGCAAUUCAUUUUCGUCGAUGAGCACAUCCUUCAGAAGUCCAUUGCAUUCCUGAACGCUCAACAACAGCAGGAAAAUGGUGCAUUUGCCGAACGUGGUGAAGUUCAUCAUAAAGCGAUGCAAGGUGGUGCAUCUGAAGGUGGCGUGCCACUAACCGCUUACGUAUAUACUGCGCUUCUUGAAAACGGGGUUAGGGAUGAAAAAGCACAACACUAUCUGGAGCAGCAUCUCGAGGAAAUCAAGAAUGACCCAUAUGCAUUAGCAAUUGUCACCUAUGUAUUUCACUUGGCUAAUAACGGUGUUCACUGGUCUAUGAAAGUUGGUCAGGAAAAGCCGAAGGAUACACAACAUUACUUCUAUCAGCCAAGGCCUGCAGAUGUCGAGAUGACAGCCUAUGUUUUACUAACAUAUAUGAUAAGAGAUGAUACUGAUAAAGCUUUUCCUUUGGUGAGAUGGCUUACAUCACAACGAAAUGCAUACGGUGGCUUUAGUAGUACGCAGGAUACAGUAAUGGCAUUGCAAGCUUUGGCUGCUUACGCGGCUAAAGUUUAUUCUCCCCAACUUAAUGUCAGCAUUACGAUAACAAAUGGUGCCGAUAAGCAAAAUUUCGAAGUGGCAGCUGACAAUUCUAUGGUACUACAAAGUUAUCAGUUGGCAAAUUUGGACGACAAAUUAGAACUGGAAGCUCGAGGUAAUGGUAUUGUUCUUACACAACUACAGUAUUCAUAUCACCGUAUCGCGAUGAGAGAUGAUCUUCCGUUCUACUGUACAAAAGAUGUUCGUGAACUGCACAGUGGCAAUCGAUUACAGCUUGAUCUGUGUUGCAAUUACACUAAGCCAGAUUCACGUUCCAAUAUGGCGGUUGCUGAAGUAGAUGCCUUAUCCGGAUUUCGCUUUGAUGGUGAUCAGCUUGGCAAUCUUAUGGAUAUUGGCGAUUUGCAGAGAGCUGAAUUAGAUAAAGAGGAUACUAGGAUGAACUUAUAUUUCAAUCCUAUUGGUUCAACGCCGAUAUGUCUCUCAUUGUACAGUGAUAUGGUUUAUCAGAUAUCAGAACAAAAACCGGCACAAGUUGUUCUGUUCGACUACUACGACCCCGAACAACAAGUGAAGACGACCUAUACGGCUAAGCAAACGAGAUCGUUGCAGGAUGCUUGUCCGGAAUGUUGGCCAGCGGUUGAGCUUAGCGAAAAAAGUGCAGGAUAAAGGAAAACUAUCACUUUCCUCGGUAUCAUUGAACAGGAUGACAACAGUAAAAAAAACGACAUCUUCCAAUGUUUCUUCCCUAUGUUCAUGAAAUUCAUCUGAUUCUUAUUUGCAUUUGUAAUUCAUGUUGGCUCAUUGGCUAUAAAUUAUAAUAAUGUUGACAAUUUCUCAUUCCUGAA